ACUUCCUGUGUAAUCACUCUGCUCUUUCAAUUAAAAAGUGAAGUGCAUAUUUACAUAUUUGUUCAAAAUUUCCCCCUUUUAAGAAGCAGCUAUUUUUAAUGACAAAAGUUUAAGAAAAUUUAUGUGUGUGUUAUUUUCAUUUAUAAAAUUUCCGUAGAAUUCAAGGUGUUGCCAAUAAAUCUGGCAAUGAUUUAAAAUCGUUGACAUUCGCGCAUUAAAGUGAUUUUUUCCCGAGUGAUUUGGCUUUUCGCUCGUUAUACUUUUGUGAUUUGGAUAAGCGCGAAGGAUUAGCAGCAUGGCAGCGCGCUGUCAACUCGUUUGGCUCGCGAUCGUGGCAUUAAUUGGUGUGUCAUUGGCGCGCCAUCAGGACUGUGAGAUUGCGCCCCAUGCGGAACAUUCCACUGUACAAAUAAAGAUCAAUGAAGAGGACGCUGUGCGCGCCAUAUAUGAAUGCGAGGAGGGCUAUGAGUUGAGUGGUAGCAAAGAGUUGCUGUGCGAUGUGAAUACGGAUCUCUGGGAUGCCGAGCCACCAAAAUGUGAAAAAGUUGAGCUCUCGAACGAGGUAAAUGCUGAGCGCGCCAAAAAGAAGAAGCCGCAGAAUAUAAUUGAAGACAGACGUAUUUCCGCAGAGAUGGCCGCCUCACUGGAUAUGUCUUGCGUGCAGGCAAAAAUUACAGCACCCGAUAUAAGGCAUGGCUUCGUGCAGAAUUACGAUCGUCGGCGUAAAGAUGAACAUGUUUUCCUAGUAGCGCUUUACGCCUGUAAUGAUAACUUCGAAUUGGAGGACGCCGAUAUAACGACAUUAUAUUGUAGUCAACGCAAGUGGGUAGGCGAAUUGCCGACUUGUGUGGCGUUGGGCGAAUACACCGAUGCGGAUGAGGAAGAAUACGACGAGUAUGAAGCAGUUGACGAUGACGAUGAAGAAGACGAAGAAGACGUUGUACAGGAAUCUACUGAUAAUCGCGUAGCGCCACCACCACCACCGCCACCAGCUGUCGCGGAAGUCAAGGAGACCGAGCAAGAAAUCAGCAAUGAAAUUGAAACUGCGGCGCAUGAAAAUACUUCUCAAGAAAGAGAGAGCGUUGCGCCUACCAAUGCUGAGCCCGUCGUGCCUGUAACCGAUGUCAACAUUAUUGUUGCGCCCACACAGGAUCCAUACACGCCACGUUAUCUCGAUGACAAUUGCGGCGCAGACAAAGGUGGUUGUGAGCACAAAUGCGAGCGUUUGCUUUUUCCGGGUGAGAAUGAGCCGCGUCUAAAGUGCUCGUGCUUUGAUGGAUUUAGUUUGGAUCCCAACGACUAUGCCAGCUGUCAUGAUAUUAAUGAAUGUCAGCUUGACAAUGGCGGCUGCGAGCAGCUUUGCGACAAUCUACCCGGCUCUUACCAGUGCUCCUGUGAGCAGGGUCUGCAAAUCGAUACACUGACUGGCAAUACAUGCAUCGACAUCAACGAAUGCGAGCAACCCGAUGUGGCUGCACAAUGCGCCGGCGGUUGCGAGAAUACGCAUGGCUCCUAUCACUGUAUACCGGCGCUGAAUACGCCUGAAGAUGGCGUAGAGGCAGCCAAUGAAGUUGAAGAAGCGGAGGAAGAUGACACGCACGCCGACGAAGUAGACACAAAAGUCGAAACUGAGGACAAGGCGAAGGAUGAAAAUGAAGACGAUCAGGGUAUACGGCGCAUAUCGGAAAGUGGUCCCAUCUGUCCGGCGGGUUAUCGUGCGGGCGGUGAAAACUCAGACAAUUGUGUCGACAUCGACGAAUGCGCCGAGGGCACAAGCGGCUGUGAGCACUGUCUCAACACCGACGGUUCCUACGAGUGCACCUGCCCCGGCGGUUAUGAUCUUGCCGAAGACGAGCGCACUUGUGUCGAUAUCAACGAGUGUGACGUAAUCGUAGAGAAUGAAGACGAUGCGGAGGCAGUACCAACUAAACUGUGUACCGGUGGUUGUGAGAAUACUAUUGGCUCGUUUAUUUGUACUUGUGGCCCUAACGAGCAUCUGUUCGAGGAUCGACGUACUUGUGUGCUGGAUACCUGUCAAGAUUUGAAUAAUCCACAAUUGAAUAAGACACGUUGCGCACAUCAGUGUGUCGAUUUGCCUAGUGGCGUUUAUGAAUGCGUCUGCCCAGCGGGUUACAAGUUGAGUGAUGACUUACACAACUGCGUGGUGGCUGAGAGUGUUUGCACGGAGGCGGCUGGCUAUGAAAGUUGUGCGCCUGGCGUGUGUGUGCCGAGUGAGGAUAACAGUGCUUUUAGCUGCGAAUGCCCGGCGGGUUAUGUGCUUGAGGCGAAUCACUGCCAAGACAUCGACGAAUGCGCUAACGGUAUACACGAGUGUUCACACGAGUGCUUUAACAAUUUGGGUUCGUAUCAAUGCGGCUGCCCGUUAGGCUUCGUUUUCGUCGAGGGCAGCAACGAACAUGUCUGCGCUGACGUCGAUGAGUGUGCAGCUACACCGGAUGUUUGUGGUGACCUGAAUUGCGUUAAUAAAGCCGGCGGUUUCAUCUGCCUAUGCGCUGAUGGCAGUGCACCCGAUGCCGAGAGAGGCGCUUGUCACAUCGCCGAUCCUUGCGAGGCGCAUCAGUGUUCACACCAAUGCAUUGCCGAAGGUGUGGGCUUCAAAUGUAUCUGUCCGGAGGGUAUGUCGCUGGCUGAUGACGGUCUGCACUGUUUGUAUAAGGAUAUUUGCGUUGAGCAAAAUAAUGGCUGCGAACAUAUUUGCAAGUCAGAGGAGGAUGGCGCGUGCGCCUGUCGCAGCGGUUAUGAAUUGGCUGCUGAUGGCAAAUCGUGUUUGGACGUUGACGAAUGCCAAAUCGGAAAUGGUGGUUGCCAUCAGGUUUGCAAGAAUUUUGCAGGUGGGUAUGAUUGCGCCUGUGAGCUGGGCUUUGAGUUUCUCGAUGGCCCGCUCAAAUCGUUUUGCUUCGACGUGGACGAGUGUGCUUUGGGGCUGCAUAAUUGUGGGGCGGGUAUGCUUUGCGAGAAUCUCAAUGGCUCGUACACAUGCAUAUGUCCGCCUGGGUUUGCAUUGGGUUUGCCGCCGGUUUAUGCUUCGUUGCGCGCGCUACUCUCAUCCAUACAACCGGCUAGUUCAUUUGCCACAACCUCAUCUAUCAUUUCAACACCAACUAUUUCAAACAUACACAAUUCUUCACCCUCAUGCUUAGACAUCGACGAAUGCUCCAUUUCAAAUGGAAAUUGCUCACAUUUCUGCAUGAAUUUUCCUGGCAGCUUCCAGUGCUCCUGUCCGCCUGGCUACUCGCUAAGCUCGAUGGACAACCGCACUUGCUUGCUGGUGAAUGCUUGCUUGCAGGACAAUGGCGGUUGCACGCAUGCGUGCGACUUCAUACCCGGCGUGGGUGUAAGUUGCCGUUGUCCGACCGGCUAUGCGUUAGCUGCUGAUGCGCACACCUGCCUUGACAUCGAUGAAUGCGCGCGCGCAAAUGGUGGUUGCCGGCAGCGCUGUUUUAAUACACCUGGUCGCUUUGAGUGUGCUUGUAGCGCGGGUUAUGAGUUGUCACCGAACGGUCUCGAUUGUGUCGAUAUCGACGAAUGCGCCAAUGGUUUUGGUAAUUGCACUUUUAUUUGCGUAAAUCUUCUAGGUUCUUACGAAUGCGGUUGCGAGGGCGGCUUUCAGUUGGGUGAGGAUCGCCGUACCUGCAUAGAUGUCGACGAAUGUGUGCUGGGCAGACACGACUGCUCGCAUGAUUGUGUAAAUGUGGAAGGAGGCUAUGAGUGUAUUUGUCCAGAGGGUUAUCUGUUGGGUGAGAACAAAGCCAUCUGUUUGGAUGUGGAUGAGUGUAUAGUCGGCGAGCAUGGUUGCAGUCACGGUUGCGACAAUAAAUUGGGCAGUUACGAAUGCAAUUGUCCUGUUGGUUACACAUUGGCUGCGGACAAACGUAACUGCAUUGCAACUACUCCGUCUGAAAUUGAUGUGCGCACCGAUGACCUCGAUACACUGGAUACAGCUAUAAUAGAUGUCUGCCUUCGCGAUAAUGGCGGCUGCUCACAUAUUUGUAAUCCAGAGACGGGUUGUUCUUGCCCCAGCGGUCUCGAGCUCUCCGUGGACGGUAAAACUUGUGUGGAUAUCGAUGAAUGUUCCUACAAUAAUGGCGGUUGUGCACAUCUAUGUCAUAAUACCGCUGGUGGCUUCCAAUGUCUUUGCUCGGAUGGCGUAAGUAGCGACGAUGGUUUCAAUUGUGUGACACUUUGCCCGCCUGGCUUUACAGUGAGCUCAGUGGACCCCACGAAGUGUGUGGAUAUCGACGAAUGCGCAACACCAGGAAUUUGUCAGUAUAAUUGUCUGAAUACCAACGGCUCGUAUGAAUGUGUUUGCCCUCAAGGUUAUGCGCUCCAUAAUGGACGUGAUUGUGAGGAUAUCAACGAGUGUUUGCUGGACAAUGGUGGGUGUGUAGGCGGUGAAUGCAUUAAUCAUAUUGGCAGCUUUCAGUGCAAGUGCUCGCUGGGUUAUCGUUUGGCCAGCGAUCGGCGCACUUGCGAACGUUUGCUUGAGGCACGCGAUCAAUGUACACCCUUUACUGCGCCGGCUAAUGGUGACUUCCAUUGCACGAAAUAUCGUCACAAGCGGAAACAUUUCUAUAAUACGCGCUGCAAAGUGUGGUGCAACCAGGGUUAUCGCUUGGAUGGACCCACCCAACGUUUCUGCAAUGCUUCCGGUCAGUGGGAUAACUUUGAAAGCCGCUGUGUGCCUACCAUUUGCCCUCGUCUACUCCAACCAAUUAAUGGCGAGAUUGUACCCGCUUCCUGUACAACUGGCAAUGCAGUCAUUGGUGAGCGCUGUCAGCUGCGUUGUCUGCCCGGAUAUGUGCCCAUCGGCAUGAGUGUUACCAUCUGCACCGCGGAACUGACUUGGUCACGCAAUCCCACCUUUGAGUGUGUACCGUUGGCGAGAUCACCAUUGUUACCUACGUUUCCAGUUAUUGGCUCUCAGCCCCGCCUUUCUUCCGGAGGCGUCGAUCACUUUUUCCAUAGACCAAUAGUACCACAAGUGAGAACACAAAGUGGUUUUGGUAGUUCUGUUGUUUCACAACGUCCCUACAUUAAAUGUCCGCGCAAUACCACCGUCUUUCUGGCCGAUGGCGCAAGCACCGCCCAUAUUAUUUUGCAAAAACCCAUCACUAAUAUGGAUUAUCGUUACAUUGAGUCAGCACCAGCUUGGACGCGUAAUAUGCAAGCUCAUUUAGCUGCAGGUCAACAUGUAGUGACAUUCCGUGGUCAAGACCCCACUUCCGGUAGACGUGCCAGAUGUCGAACAAUCAUUAAAGUGGAGCGUGCUGUCUCGCCUAGCGUGAAUUUUUGCACGCGUUCCUUCGAGGUAUCGUUAAGCCCGAAUCAGUUGCAACGCUCGGUGGUGUGGGAAGAACCGCGCUUCGAGAGCACACUGGGUCCGCUCAAAAAACUCUACAAAUCGAGGAUACCCGGCGAACUCUUUAAGGCCGGUGUACACCCGGUAUACUAUGAGGCAACCAAUAAGCAAGGCAUUACCGCCCGUUGUGAAUUCCAAAUUCUUGUGCACGAAGCCAACUCAACACCUAGCAAUUCCUUGCCUACAUUGGACCUAAGCACAGCAAUUCCUGCUGCACAGUUAGCACCCGCACCUUUAGUGCGUCCGCCAUCUUCCAGGGGCUUACAUGCUAAAUUACUACCCGGCCAUGAGUCCUUUGUGAUGUGUCCCGGUCGUGCGCCAGUUAAAGUUACCAAUUCCCAAUCUGUGACUUUAGAAUUCGGCUGCGUCUUGAAAAAUAUACGUCGUGGAUCACCACGUCGUCACGCCCAUCGCCGUUUGAUCGCCACAAAUUGGUCCGAUUUCACUGCCUUUUAAACGACAAAGUAACUUAAGUUUGAAUCUUUUGUAAUGCAUUUUAUAUUAUGUACUUACUCUUAGUUGAGUCAGCAUUGGCCAGUAAAGUGUAUUUAAACAAAAACAGCUUUUGUAUUUUAAUCUUAAAUUUAUAUUUGUAAACAUACAGUUUGUAUUCAAUAAAGAUAAUAAUCAUAUUUAA